GAGUAAGGUGACCCAAAUUUUGUUAAGGGGUUAAGCGGAUAAAGUGGAUAGGCGAAGGGAGUAAGGUGGACUUUUUCCUACUCAAAAUAAUUUUAGUUUGGUGGUACGGGUUGAUGAUUAGUAUUAUUAAUUACAUGGUACCAUCUAUUCAGUAUGAAAAGAACGUCUAACUAGUCACAUGAUUGCGUUUAUAUUAGUUGGCCCAAAACUUGAUAAAGUAAGCGAUACUAAGUAAAUUUGAGUGCUUAAAUAUAUACAGACACAAAGAGAGGACCUGCUGAAGCGAAAUUAUUUGUUAAACUUGAAUGAUGUGUCAAGGUGGAUUAGAUCUUAUUUUAUCAUCAUCGGCACCUCGUUAUCAUAGAUCUGACCUUCUGGGCGUGUUGUCCCUCCAAGGAGGUGUUGGUUCGGAACUGGCAAGAGCAAUCACACGAAGCGCCCCGGUUCCUGACAUCGCCCUUCAGCAGCUAAUGCGUCCAAGCACCGCCCGGGAGCUGGGAGGAUGGUGAGCCCCGGUGAUAUCCGCGAACAUGCGGCAUCCGUGUUCAUCAUGUUGAACAAGAAAACAGUCAUCUUGUUUCGCAUAGAAUUCCUGGUGGCCCUCGCCACACUACUGUUCUUUGCCAUGUUCCUCAUGGACUUCUUCCGCCGCAUCAUCCACAACUCGUUCAUGAGAUCCGUCUUCAGUGUCUUUGACGCGGUCUGCGACUCCAUCGUCGUCUACCUCCUGGGGGCCAUGCAGUCGGCGCCUUUCAAGAACCAGCUGUUCCCAGUCUGGGCUCUUGUGCUCGUCAAUUUCCGUUACAGUGCAGAUUACAUCUCCGGCUAUGGCGUUCCUGACCGUCGUGGGCGAAGGUUCACCGAAUGGAGGAACGUGUUCAAGCUCCUGGGAUCGGCAUUCUUGAAUUGGACGCGUGGAUCCAGAUUCAAGGGUCCACUGUGGUUGGUCUGGGGCCUGCAGAUAGUGAGGAGCGGGUACAGAUUUUCUUCACAUAACCUGGCGUCCCGUGCCGUCUGGCAUGGCGGGAGUUCGGAGCUUGUUGCAGAGCACAUGAGCGCCAUGCACGACGAAACCAACAUGAAGCAAGAAUUCGACCCGGUGACGAUGAAAGGCUACAAGUACUUGGUCUACGGAGAAACAAAGCAGAAAGGAGGUUUCAAACUAAAGAAGCCUCAGUACGCGUUGUCUACCGACCAGGCUGCUACUAAGCAGAAGAAGACGUCGCCACUGGUCACGCUGGACAAGAUUUGGGACUGUCCUAUUCAUGAGCCACAUAAGCAGUUUAAGGAUGGGAAAGAUCUCUCUCUGGCCUUCGCCUUGUCCAGGCUGCUGCGGUGCAGGCUCGAGGAUGUGACUCUGCAAGGACGGCGUAUAUUUGACAUCAACCGAAAGCUGGUCAAGAACAUAAUUGACGGGAAGGUGGGUACCAGCGAUGCCCUGAAGAUCAUGGAGCUGCAGCUUGCCUUCCUCCAUGACUAUUUCAACACCCGCUACCCCAUGGUGUUCUGGAGUGGGCUCCGAUCUCUCAUGUCGAUUCCGCUUCCACCCAUACUGACCAUCUGUGCUCUCUGCUGGCUUGCUGUGGACAUCCGAAAGGUCUAUAAGCCCCCUAAUGGCGAGCUUGUCAAUCAGGUGAAGGGUUUUAAUGUCGACAUAAUCAUUACUUGGGUAUUCAUUUUCUUGAUGAUUGUGAAGGAGAUAUGGGAGAUGAUAACCUACUUACAUUCAGACUGGACAAGAUUAAUCAUGUGGUGCGAGUAUGUGCAGCGGAAGCGCAAGAGAACCCACGAAUAUGUAGAUACAUGGGUGGACAGCAUUCUACUAUAUUUCUCCAGAUCUAAGAUUACUGAUAAGAGGUGGCAUGGGUUCAUUGACCAGUAUGUCUUCGUGCAGUCAUAUGAUGACAGACCAAGAUUUUGGAACUUCAUUCACAACUUAACCACAGGAAUAAUUCCAAAGAAGGAUGAUGGGGCAGCGCUCAGUGGAGCCAUCAAAGUUCCGGAGUAUGUCAGGCAGGCAGUCCUGGAGAAGCUCAUCAAAAUACUGGAGAAUGAGCAAGGUUCUGAUCUGCCCGGGGUCAUCAAGACAUUGUCUAACAACAACCUUAGGAAGCAGUUGCAGAACUACCAGGCUUACACUGCACAAGAGAGGAGCACUCAGAUGGUCCUGCCAACAAGCACUCAGAUCGUCCUUCCGACAAGCACUCAGAUCAUCCUGCCGGCAAGCACUCACUUCGUCGUCCCGGAAAACCCUGACAUGGUCCUGCAGACAAGCGCUCAUAUCGUCCUGCCGACAAGCACUAACAUCGUCCUGUCGACAAGCUCUCACAUCGUCGUGCCAACAAGCACUGACAUCGUUCUACCGACGAGCUCACACAUUAUUCUUGUGUGGCACAUUGCAACCAGCCUCUGCGAGAUGGCGCUUGCCACAGAUUACGGAGUAAACUUGAGCAAUCCUAGGUUUCCAUGUUCCCUCUGGUCUUGGUUCACUUCCUGCUGCUCAUCAAAACCGUAUCUUAUGGACGUGAGUGAGAAGAAAGAUAGCAUCUGGUCAUGGCUCACAAAUUGUUGCUUAUCCAAAUCAAAAAUGGAAAUGGAAGACAAGAAGAAAGUGGAUGGGAAGUUGCCUGAUCAUCUCCGGAAAACAUAUAUCAUUGCGAAUAGCUUGUCACGGUACUGCGCAUAUCUCCUGGUUUCAAAGCCUGAGCUGAUCCCUGAUAGCUUCCUUGUUCCCAAGAUUGUCUUCCAGAAAACCGUGAAGAGUGCCCGUGAUGGUCUUCUGAAAGAUUGUGAUUCAUUACAGAAAAGGUUCAGAAAACUGAUGGACGAAGCAGAGAAACCUAUUAAAGACUUUGAGAAAGAGGAUGUAUUGAAACAAGGUGUGGCAUUGGGCAAGGAACUGCUCAAUCAUCUGAGUGAGGAACGCCGCUGGGAGGUUCUAGCAGAGGUAUGGACAGAGUUACUUAUACACAUUGCACCCACGUCGAGUGCACAGGCACACAAGAAGUGUCUCUCUAGAGGGGAGUUCGUAACCCACAUUUGGGCAUUGCUUUGGCACCAUGGCGUCCAGAAAAGCAGCUUGUGGCCAGAGGAUGUUGAGCCUGAAAACAAUGAUCCACAAGUGGUCCACCUAGGAAACGACAGUGAUUGGGCUGGGAACGAGAGUAGGAAAACUGGAGGAGAUAUUAUGAGGAGCGACAGGAUUGGAAUUAACAUUGAUAAAGCAAAUGACAACAAAAGGACCCAAAGAGCAGGAGGCAGGCAACUCAAGGAGAGGACUAGGAGAAAGGAGGAAACAGGGAGUUCAGAAAUUGAAGAGAUCUCUCAGGACGUGACGGUGAAUACCACAAAUGUUCAGAGAGGCAUGGCUGGCCAAGCCCAAAACGAGAGUGAAGGGAAGAAGGUCCGACAGUGUUCCAGAGCACCCAACGUCAUCUGAAGGACAAGUUUGAAACUGUGGAUGCUGUUGCAAGCGUGUGCUGAGGAUCUGUUAAUAUUCUGCUAUCUGGGACUUAUUGUUUACUUGGAUGCUGUUGUUAAUGUCUUUUCAUCUUCCUUUUGCUUAUCUGUUUGUGGUGUCCUAUAUAUUCUACUCUCAUCUCAUGUGGUAUAGUGUGGGAAAUAUACUGUUAUGUAUAUUUAUACUUUAUUCUGUACUCUGUGCAGGAAGUUGUACGAUUAUCAUAGUGAGUAUGAAAUCAGCAACUGCAUGCUCUUUCCUCUGCCUCAGCCUGGAGGAUACAGAUGUGUUCAGAUCAAUAACUUGGAGUUUUUGGCAGUUUUAAA